AUGUCUACUUCAGUCACCGCCUCCACCUCCCUCCCUGACAACCCUCGCCCCAGUCGCCUGCGUCGCUUCAGUUUACGAACUUACACCCAGAAUCUGUCAUCUUUACCCGGGCACUCGUAUAGACACAGUUUGAGUAGAAUUUCUUGGCGAUCCUCGAAUUCAGCCUCCAUCUUUCCAAAUUCGGCCCCAUGUCCUGAACCUGACCACCCACCCCUCUCUCGUUACACAUCUGCGCCCGCACCGAGUUACGGGUUUGCUGCCGAACGCAAUAGUCAAGUCUCGUCCACCGAGUCGGCCUCUUCUACGCCUUCCACUUCUACCCCAUCCAACGACGUUACCCGAACACCCAGCUCUAUGGCACGUUUGAGGAGCUCUUCGGCCGUCCAUCGUCCGCCACCUCGCACGUUAGAGCGUGCCACAAACAACUCUCAGGAGCCCACCCCGUCCCCUGAACCAGGCACUGUUCAAAAUAAUGUGGUCGAGCCCACUAGCGCUCCUGUAGAGGGGCAGACGACCCCUUCAAAACCGGAGACCAAGGCGACCAUUCGGUUCUUUCCCUAUCAAGACUCCCUCCAGAGCUCAAGGCCCUCGUUGCCUUUCGCCCCAGUCGCCCGAACCUUGCCAUCAGAGAGCUGCGUGAUUCGUGUCGGUCGAUACUCAGAGCGUGAUGGUGUACCCCUUCCUAACCCGACCGAACCCUCGGAUGCUCCAGUCGGGUUCAAAUCAAAGGUUGUUAGUCGGAAACACUGCGAGUUUUUAUACGUGAAUGGUCAGUGGCACAUCAAGGAUGUUGGUAGCUCUUCCGGAACAUUUUUGAACCACAUGCGCUUGAGUCAGCCAAAUAUGGUGUCUCGUCUGUACUCCAUCAAAGAUGGCGAUAUCGUGCAGUUAGGUAUCGACUUCCGAGGUGGAGAAGAAAUGAUCUUCCGAUGUGUUCGGAUUCGGAUUGAAUGUAAUCGGUCGUGGCAGCAGCAGCCUAAUGAGUUCAAGUGA